UCUCUGACCGCAAACUCCUCCGUGGCUCCUCUGAAAAUAAUCUCCCCCCUUUCCUCUCUUUUUCUCCGUUUACCUCAAUUGAGUUUCCAGUCCUUUUGUUCGCUCUUCUUAUCACUUGGAAAAAGGUGAACCCUCGUGUUAUUUUUAUUUUAAUCUUUGCUUUAAUUGUAGUUUUUACCCUUGUGGUCCCUGAUGGCUUCGCACAGUGAUACUCUGGUGGUGUUCUUUGGGGCAACAGCUGGUGCAAAUGGGGGUAAACUGGGUUCGGAUGAGAGGGAAAUAAUUCUCUUGGUGUGGCAAAUUGUGGAUCUACAUGAGAAAAAGGUGGGGAAGCUUCACAGAUGUCUUGUCAAGCCAGACACACUGGAGCUGACAGAGCAGUGUAAGGAGGAGACAGGUCUGACUCUGGACGAGCUCAUCAAGGCUGAGCCCCUGGACAAAGUUCUACAGCAGUUCCAGCAGUCGGUGUCAUCAGAAGUUAAGUGCCUGGGCAGAAACACCUGCACACUUUGUGUCAUCAAUCCCCUCGUCAUCCGACAGGCCCUCCACCCCGAAGCCUCCAAAAAGAAUCUAGUCCUUCCUGAAUGUUUCUUUUCAUUUGUGGAUGUGAGAAAAGAGUUUCAAAAAUGUUGCCCCAAUGCUGGCCCUGUGCAGAAGCUCACACUCACCUCCAUGUUGGAAUAUGUUGGACUCCCUGCUGUGUCAGAGGAGUUGACGGGUGUGAGGGAGGUGAGGAGCAUGGUUCAGUCGGUGCUCUGCAUCCUGGCUGAGCCCUACAAUCACAAAUUCACCGGUGUUGAAACUGUCAAAUACAAAUUUGAAUCUGGUACUUGUAAGACUGAGCCAGUGGACAGUGAGACAGUGAUCAGAGCACGCGGGCUUCCAUGGCAGUCAUCGGACCAAGACAUUGCACGUUUCUUUAAAGGCCUCAAUAUUGCCAAGGGAGGUGUGGCUCUGUGUCUCAAUGCUCAGGGCAGGAGGAAUGGUGAGGCCUUGGUUCGCUUUGUAAACUCAGAGCACAGGGACCUGGCCCUCGAACGCCACAAGCACCAUAUGGGUAGUCGCUACAUUGAGGUGUACAAGGCCACAGGAGAGGAAUUCCUUAAGAUCGCUGGAGGCACAUCUAACGAGGUGGCCCAGUUCCUGUCCAAAGAGAACCAGGUGAUUAUCCGUAUGAGGGGGUUGCCAUUUACCGCCACACCCCAAGAAGUGCUGUCCUUCCUUGGUCCCGAUAGCCCAGUCACAGAUGGCGCAGAGGGUCUUCUCUUUGUCAAGUACCCUGACGGACGGCCCACUGGAGAUGCCUUUGUGCUCUUCUCCUGUGAAGAAUAUGCCCAGAAUGCCCUGAAGAAGCACAAGCAGAUCCUGGGGAAGCGUUACAUUGAGCUGUUUCGUAGCACUGCGGCUGAGGUGCAGCAGGUCCUGAACAGGUAUAUGUCCACACCUCUGAUCUCCACACUGCCUCCUUCUCCCAUCAUGCCUGUCCCAGUCCUCGCCACUCCCCCUUUCCUUCCAUCAGCCAGCAGCAGUCGUGACUGUGUUCGGCUGCGUGGUCUGCCCUACACUGCCGGCAUUGAAGACAUCCUGGAGUUCAUGGGAGACCACACGGUUGACAUCAAACCCCACGGAGUCCACAUGGUCCUCAACCAACAGGGUCGACCUUCUGGUGAUGCCUUCAUCCAAAUGAAGUCACCAGACAAAGCAUUUAUGGUGGCCCAGAAGUGCCAUAAAAAGACAAUGAAGGACCGCUAUGUCGAGGUGUUUCAGUGCUCCACGGAGGAGAUGAGCAUCGUGCUCAUGGGAGGAACCUUAAACCGCAGCGGCCUCUCCCCUCCACCCUGCAAACUUCCCUGUCUGUCUCCACCCACAGCCUACGCUGCCUUCCCCACACCACCUGCCAUCCUCUCUGAGGCUGCCCUCUACCAGCCCCCCCUGCUGGCUGCUCCCAGACCUCCUCAGACCACCACACACAGCCCUCACACUCUGGCCUACUACCCCCCUCAACCACACCUGUACAUGAAUAUGAACAUGAACUACACGGCAUACUACCCCAGUCCCCCAGUCUCUCCCUCCACAGUUGGCUACUUUGCCGCACCACCAGGAGCAGUGGCAGCAGCAGUGGCAGCUCAGCCUCACCCUCACCCCCACCCCCACCCCGCCACUGCAGCUCCUGUGCUGUCCCAGCCCGGUGCUCUGGUCAGGAUGCAGGGUCUGCCCUACAACACCGGAGUCAAGGACAUCCUCAGCUUCUUCCAAGGAUACCAGUACGCCCCCGACGAGUACAGCAGCAUGGUUCAAAUGAGCGAACAGGCCAGGAGUCUGAUUCAGCCCAAAGAAUGGCUUUGUCUUUAGGGACUCACCCAAAGCUCCAGCCAGACGCCGUUCUCAUCUUGUACAACUUCAGUGGCCAGUGCAGUGGCGAGGCACUGGUCACCUUCCCGAGUGAAGAGAUCGCCAGGCGAGCUGUGAGCGAGCACUCCAACCACCACUUCUACGGUCAGCAGGUCCACUUGGUUCUCUGUAACUGACCGCGAGUCCUCCAUCACUCCUCCUCCUCCUCUUGAAGAGCACUCUCAUCCCAGCUUCUCUAAGAAAUAAUAAUAAAAAAAAGUGAUUGAGCUCCAGAUGUGACCUGCGUGGAGCAGCUACUCAACCUUCACCUUCCCCAUCAUCUGACAUUUGUCACCACUCACUCAGUCCCCUCUGACCCUGACACUCCUGACGCCACAGUUGGAGUUUUCGAUCGUCUACCACGAAGCAGCUGAAGUCAUUAAAGCUCUGCAUUGUGCUCAUGACUUUGUGGACGUAUUUGUACCUACUGUAAUUGCUGGUUGUGGGAAGGAGACGGUUUUGAAGCCUGGACAAAUCCAUAGCAGUGACUCUGUAUUUUAAAGGCUUGCUCUCUCUUUAUCUCGCUAUAUAUACAUAUAUAUAUGAAUAUACUGCAGAAUUUCAUCCUGAAAUGCUUGAUGCUGUACAAACCACUUCAGCUUAUGAUCUUUUCUGUAUAUUUCUGAAAUCUUGACUUUUGUUUGUGUUGGCUUUAUGCAAACACGCAUGUAUUAUGUGUGUGUGUGUGCGCACGAUGUUUAUUAAUUUCAUGGUCUCCAAUGGUGCCAUUGAAAAGCUAAAGAAAAAAAAAAAGCCAUAAAGUCUGACUUGGACUACUGAAACAACACUGAGUGCAGGGACUCGUGGUUUAAACCACAGCGAGAUCACAGAUGUGCCAGUGCCUGGAACUUGAUGUAUUUUCUGUAUAAAGCAUUUACGUAUGACCCUUGUUGAUGUAGAUGAUUCCAAGCGCUACAGAUUCGCUUCUGCUCCAAUCAGAGUUAAAGAACAGCUCGUCUGAGUCGCGUGGCAAAUGAUUUCUAUUUUUUAUUAAACCCAUUUCUUUACAAAAGUGGUUAUUUUGUUGUUAAAUCUAAAAAAAAAAAAGAAUGGACGUGUAUUCUGAAGCUUUCUAUAUAACUAUCAACCUCAGUCACGGUGUAGUCUCCUCUGUUGUUGUUUCCAGACUAUUUACAACCAUCAGUCUUUAAUUCCUGCUGCUGUCUGGGUUUUUUUUCCAGUCUUUACUGUGCCUACAUUACCCAAAGUGCAACACAUUUUCACACAGGGGCUGUGUCGCCCUCUGGUGGCAAAUGAGAUACUUAUUUUGUUUGCAAGUUUGGGACUUGCAUGAACUUAAAACUGUGUAGAUAAAAAUGUGGACAAUGAUCUGUAUUUCAUUUAGUCUCUUUUUAAGGAGAUAAAUUCAUAAGACAAUAAAAAAAAAUAACAUGUUGCCCAGUCAA